AUGAAGCAAAUUGUUGGCGUAGCAAACUAUCAUGUCAAUGCGCAUAUUGACUCAUCAAGCCGUAAGUUAACUAUGCUGUACAAGGUUGAGCCAGGAGCUUGUGAUCAAAGUUUCGGUAUUCAGGUUGCAGAGUUUGCAAACUUUCCUGAAAGUGUUGUUUCCCUUACUCAAGAAAAAGCUGCUGAAUUGGAGGAUUUCUCUGCUACUCCAGGCACCCCUAGCAGCAACCAGGCCGAAAGAGAGAGAUGCAAAAGAAAAAGAAAAAGAAAAAUGGAGAAUCAUGGGGGAGCACAUAGGGGACAACACAAAAAGAGAAAGAAAAACAGAGGCUCUCAUCGAGAGCACAUGGGAAACAAAAGCAGAAAGCAAAGAGAGAAGACAUCUUCAAAGACGACACCAAACCAUAUCUGGAAGGGUCAUGUGCUCACAAAGAAGAAAAGCAAAAGCAUUGACAGAAGCAAUACUAUUGGCAGAUUUAGAUCAAAAUCCACUGCGCCUACGCAGAAAAAGAAAAAGAAAGGGAAAAGAGAAAGCAAAAGGGGAGCAUGCAAAAGCAAGAAAUAA